AGAGACAUAAGUCACGAGCAUUGGUUGAACUAUAAAUGCUUCAGAGAUGGCAGUUUACAGUUGAAGCAAUUGGCGAGAGCAGUGGCUACAGCGAGCGAGCCAGAUUACAGAGAGCUUAAAAGCAUGGCGGCGCUGCCAUCGCAACAGCCACAGUUCAUGACCAGAGCUCGAACCAGUGAGCCGCUUAUCGAUAAUAUUGAAUACGAACAGAUUGUUGUACCUGAGAAAGAAAGCUGGAAGAACUUAUUUGCAUACAUGGGUCCCGGCUUUCUUGUCUCCAUUGCCUAUAUUGAUCCUGGAAAUUUUCAAACUGAUCUCCAGGCAGGAGCUCAAUACAAGUAUGGGCUGCUAUGGAUUAUAUUGUUAGCUUCAUGUGCUGCUCUUGUCAUACAAUCUCUUGCAGCAAACUUGGGAGUUGUUACAGGGAAGCAUCUAGCUGAACAUUGUCGAAUGGAAUAUCCAAAGGCCCCCAAUUUUAUUUUGUGGGUCCUUGCUGAAAUAGCUAUUGUUGCUUGUGACAUUCCUGAAGUUAUUGGAACAGCAUUUGCACUAAACAUGCUUUUCAAGAUACCACUUUGGUGUGGUGUUCUUAUCACGGGACUCAGUACAUUGAUUCUUUUAUUACUGCAGCAAUACGGGGUUAGAAAGCUUGAAAUCCUUAUUGCUUUGCUAGUCUUCACAAUUGCUGGCUGCUUUUUUGCUGAGCUUGGAUAUGCAAAGCCCAAAGCUCCAGAUGUUUUACAUGGCCUUUUUGUUCCCCAACUUAGUGGUAGUGGAGCAACUAAGCUUGCCAUUUCACUCCUUGGUGCAAUGGUUAUGCCGCACAAUCUUUUUCUCCAUUCAGCACUAGUACUCUCAAGAAAAAUACCUCGUUCUGUUGGUGGUAUCAAAGAGGCGUGUCGAUUUUAUUUGAUUGAAAGUGGUUUCGCUCUAAUGAUUGCCUUUAUCAUCAAUAUAUCAGUCAUCUCGGUUAGUGGAGCUGUUUGCAAUUCACCAUAUGUGAAUGCAAAUGACCUUCAAAGUUGCAAGAACUUGGACUUAAAUGAGGCUUCAUUUUUACUCAAAAAUGUGCUAGGGCAUUGGAGUUCCAAGCUUUUUGCAGUUGCUUUGCUGGCAUCAGGUCAGAGCUCUACAAUAACGGGAACAUAUGCAGGACAAUAUGUUAUGCAGGGUUUUCUUGAUCUACGAUUGACACCAUGGAUUAGAAACUUUUUGACAAGAUGCUUAGCUAUUGUCCCUAGUCUAAUUGUAGCUAUUAUUGGUGGAUCUGAAGGGGCUGGAAACUUGAUCAUCAUAGCAUCGAUGAUUUUAUCCUUCGAACUUCCUUUUGCACUAAUUCCACUUCUCAAGUUCACUAGCAGCAAGACCAAGAUGGGAUCAUACGCCAACUCAAUCUCAGUUUCGGCCAUCACAUGGAUCAUCGGCUCCUUCAUCAUGGGGAUAAACAUCUACUACCUCGCCGAGAAGCUAGUUACUUCUCUUCAACACAGCCAUUUGAACCUCGCAACCAUUGUGCUCUGUGGCGUGCUAGGAUUCUCAGCAAUGCUCGUUUAUUUAGCGAGCAUUGCGUAUUUAGUCGUCCGCAAGAACAAGGAGGGCUCCCAUUUGUUGGCACUUACUGCAGCCGAAAAUCAAGAAAUGGCCAACGAUAAUGCACAAGUUAACAACCUACCUAGACAUGAUCUGGUAAAUAUGCAGUUGCCACAAAGAAGGUCCUCCUCAUCAGCUCAAGAUGAUCUUCAUUGAAAGCUGCUGCAACCAUUAUCUGGUUUGUUUUCUUAUUUAUGACUUCAAAAUUCCUUCACUUCACUUAGAUAUAUUAAUUUGUCAAUAAAUUAAAAUGUAACCAUAUUAUUGACAAUGCUUUAGAUUGAUGAUCGUGUCCUCAAAUAGGUACAGGUAAUAUUUAGGAUUUCUAAUACAAAACUUGAAGAUGAUCAUUUUUUUCUGAAGGCUUGUAACUGUGUGGCACAAACACAUUGGUAUGAAUUUCAAUUUUGAAUUUUAAAUUUUGAGUUUUUUUUUUUUAAGUAAAGUUUUUUUCAUGUGAGCUCAGGGAAUCAUCGCAUGCUUGUAUAUUAUUAAAAAAAAUGAUAAAUAACACGAAAUUGAAAUUGAAAAUGAUAUUCUCAAAUUUAGACCAGUUUUCAUUCAGGCCAUCAUUAUAAAGUAGCCCAAAUAGAUGUUGGGCCGAAAUAAGGUCCAAAUAAAAUUUGGGCUAUUAUUUUAGUGGCCCAAUUACACAUAAAUGGCAAUGGCACUGUUGCUUGUACUCUGAUCCAUCCACCACGCCUCAUAUCAUAUGCCAUAGUCCAUAGACUAUAAAAUGGAAUUAUUUAUUUUAUUUAUUUUUUCUAAAGAAAGAAGGGAAGUGGGGAAAAAAGAAAAGCAAAGGUGCAUCUGAGGCCACGUUUGGUUGUCGGGUGCAUUUCCAGCAUCUAUAUAUAUAUAUAUAUUUCUCUCUUUAGUUUCCUUUGAUCAAAGAUCAGAUCAUACCACAAAAUCUCUAUUAAUUAAUUAAUUAAUAUGUAGUUUUGGUUGAAACCUUGAUCGUUUCAUCCCAAAUUUCAUUUCAUGACAAACAAACCAGAAGAACAGAAGAGAGAGAUAGAACCUUCAUCAUUUAUUCAUUAUUCAUAUACAUAUAUAGAAUUAUAGAUGCAGAUGCAGAUGCAGUGCACACAGCACAGCACAGCACAUAGACAGCAAAGCCCCAACCUAAUUAGGGGAGGGGGCCCACCAUUAACAAACCAUGCUAAAUAUACCCACAUACAAAAAUUAAAAAAAAAAAAAAAAAUCGUUCAACCCCACUCCAAUCACAUCACAUUCAUACACAAAACCCAUACACUAAUAAAGAAACCCUUUUUAUUCCAUUCCCCAACCCCAUUCAAUUUAAUUAAUAACCUCUUUCUUACUCUAAAAAAAGA